AUGGAUCCGAUAAAGUAUAUCUUCGUGAAGCCUGCUAUUAUUGGUAGAAUUGCCUGGUGGAAAAUGUUGUUGACCGAGUAUGAUAUUCAGUAUGCGAUCCAGAAAGCGAUAAAGGGGAGUGUUCUGUUUGACUACCUUGCUCACCUAUCUGUCGAAGGUUAUCAAUCGAUAAGGUUUGACUUUCCAGACGAAGACAUAAUGUUUAUCAAAGACUUCACUAUGUCAGGCUUCGAGGAAGGCCCCGAACUAGGAUCGCGAUGGACGCUCAUUUUCAAUGGUGCUUCCAAUGCUCGAGGCCAUGGCAUCGGUGUCGUUAUCACUUCUCCAACCGGUUUCCACCUUCCAUUUACCGCUAGAUUGAAUUUUGACUGCACCAACAAUAUGGAAGAAUAUGAAGCAUGCAUCUACAGUUUGGAGACGGCCAUCGACUUAAGGAUCAAGAUUCUUGAGGUAUACGGUGGUUCAUCUCUGGUAAUAAGUCAGGUAAAAGGUGAUUGGGAGACUCGGGAUAACAUGUUGAUACCUUACAAGGAGCAUAUCAGAAAACUGGUACCCUACUUUGAUGAAAUCUCUUUUAAUCAUAUUCCUAAGGAAGAAAAUUAG